AUGUCGUCAGAAAAAGAGUUCUCUGACGUGACCGUACAUGCAUCACAUCCUAGUGAGUAUAAGUAUGACGCUAUUUAUUCUGGCGAGAAAGAACUAGAUAGUAGCCAUGAUGUUACUUUCAAUAUAGAUGACAAAGUCGAAAACGACACUAAUGAAGAAGAAUUAGAUGAAUUUGCCGUAGAUGAUGAAGCGGAUCCAUACAAUGACGAAUGGGGAUACGUUGAACCAACAGAAGAAGAGAUGGCCACUUUAAAGCACGUAGCAGGUCAUAUCCCUUAUAGAUGUUGGUUAAUCGCAGUCGUUGAAUUAUCGGAAAGAUUCUCUUACUAUGGUUUAUCUGCUCCUUUCCAAAAUUAUAUGGCCAAUGGUCCAAACGAUACUCCAAAGGGUAUCCUACAGUUAAAUACUAAUGGUGCUACUGGUUUAUCUUAUUUUUUCCAAUUUUGGUGUUACAUUACACCAAUUUUUGGUGGUUACAUGGCCGAUACCUAUUGGAACAAAUAUAACACUAUUGCUGUAGGUACAGUUAUCUAUAUCAUUGGUAUUUUCAUUUUAUUCAUCACUGCUAUUCCAAGUAUCGCUACCAAAGAAACUGCUACCGGUGGUUUCGUCACUGCCAUUAUUUUAAUUGGUAUUGGUACUGGUAUGAUUAAGGCUAACUUAUCCGUUUUAGUUGCUGAACAGAUUCCAAAGAGAAAGCAUAGAGUCAUUACCACAAAGAAAGGUGAAAGAGUAAUUGAAGAUCCAGAUAUUACUAUGCAAAAUGUUUUCAUGUUUUUCUACUUAAUGAUUAACAUCGGUGCCUUAUCCGUUUUGGCCACUACUGAAUUAGAAUCUCAUAAAGGUUUCUGGGCUGCUUACUUACUACCAUUCUGUUUCUUCUGGAUUGCUGUUGUUAUUUUAGUCAUGGGUAGAAAUAGUUAUAUUAUUAAACCUGUGGGAGAUAAGGUUAUCUCGAAAUGUUUUAAAGUCACCUUCAUUGUAUGCAAAAAUAAAUUUAAUUUCGAUUCCGCUAAACCUUCCUUAAACCCAGAAAUGCAAUACCCAUGGUCUGAUAAGUUUGUUGACGAAAUCAACAGAUCCAUUAAAGCUUGUAAGGUUUUUAUUUUCUACCCAAUCUAUUGGUGUGUUUAUGGUCAAAUGAUCAACAAUUUCAUUACUCAAGCUGGUACUAUGGAAUUACAUAACAUUCCAAAUGAUUUCUUACAAGUAUUCGAUUCUAUUGGUAUUAUCGUUUUCAUUCCAAUCUUUGAAAGAUUUGUGUAUCCAACUAUUAGAAGAUUUACUCCAUUGAAGCCAAUCACUAAGAUUUUCUUAGGUUUCAUGUGUGGUUCCUGUGCGAUGGUAUGGGCUGCUGUUUUACAAAGUUUCAUUUAUAAGGCUGGUCCAUGUUACGAUCACCCAAUGGCAUGUGGACCUGAAUAUACUAACAUUCCAAACAGAGUCCAUGUUGCAUGGCAAAUUCCUGCUUAUGUUAUUAUUGCUUGGUCUGAAAUUUUUGCCUCUGUUACAGGUUUAGAAUUUGCUUAUUCUAAUGCUCCAGAUUCCAUGAAAGCCUUUAUUAUGUCCAUUUUCUUAUUCACAAAUGCUAUCGGUGCUGCUUUAGGUGUUGCUAUUUCCCCAACCUCUGUCGAUCCAAAGUAUACUUGGGUUUUCACAGGUUUAGCAGUUUCUUGUUUUGUUGCAGGUUGUUUGUUCUGGAUCUGUUUCCAUCAUUACAAUGACAUAGAUGCCGACAUGAAAGCUAUUGACUUUGUUGAAGAUGAUAUGAUUAAUGCCUCUGGUGAUGUCGAAAAGACUGCCAGUUCUGGAUUCUCUACUGUCGAACCAAUCAUUAGUAUGAGAUCGGCCAAAUCAUUAUAA